UGUACCGCUUAUCUAUAUGACCACCUUCAUUGCUACUGUCGACAGGUACGACGUGAAGGAGCCAGACGACUGCCAGUGGGGGCUGGAGGCUGAUGGGGGCAACUGGACCGGUAUUGUAGGCACCCUCCAGCACGAGAAGGCGGACUUCUCAAUGGACCUCACUCUGACGCCCCAAAGAGCUGCUGUGGUGGACUUCGGUAGGGUUUACAUCGACGAGACCUUGGUCAUCUUGUCCUUGAAGCCUCGGCCUCUACCUGAGUAUUUAUCGCUCAUCAGGCCUUUUGAGAGUAAGUGGCGCAGCUAUAUGUGUGCAAUAUUGUUUACUCUGUCACAGGUUCUGGUAGGAAUGUGGCUCCUCGCUUGCUUGAUUCUGAGAGCCAUCUACGUGUCCUCCCUCAUCUCGCACCUGGUCAAGGGCGGCGAGUCUCCCGUCAUCAACACGAUCGAGGAGAUGGUGAAGAGUGGACAGCAUGAAGGCUGGCAGUGGGGGACGGUCAGCAUGAGCGGGGCGUUCAAUUCCUUCUUGAGCACCAGCACCAACCCGGCCUUCCAUGUGGCGAAGAAGUUCAUGCAGGUGUGAUACAGAUGUUACUUGAGGAACCAUGAAUACCUAACACGGUCCAAAUCUAUACAUAACAUGACGUCUCUAAACGUGCACAUGCGCCAAACUUUCAUCAAAUUAGCUCUUGCGGCCUUGUGACUCUAAAGGGCUCGUUUUCCUUUCAGACCAUGGGGCCGGAGGAGGGCACGUCCAGAGUGUUGGCGGGGGAGUUUUUGUACUUUAACAACUACUACUCCAUCAGGGUCCAGCUGGCCACGCACCGCGGAGCAUCGGCCGACAUCCCUGUCCAUAUCAGCACCACUAAGUACCCGCCCUUUCCCGGCAACGGUUGGGCC